AUGGCUCCACUCACCUCCCCGCCGGACUGUGUCCGCUGCUCCUGUCUUACUGUGAAGAUCACCGAACUAGAGGAUCAGAUAUCCAAUCUGUAUAAGAUCCAAGAGGCCGAGCAGUUUUUGGACACCUUCAUUCUUGGUUCAGUCCUCACCAACCCCACUGCUGGUUCUGUUCCUCCUCCGGUCACCGAGCCUGCUGCCCCUGCCAUCUGUCCUGCUGCUGAGGCCACUUCUUCUCCUCCAGUCACCGAGCCUGCUGCCCCCGCUGUUGGUCCUGUGGUUGCCAUGGACUUUCUGCCGGCUGAGGAGCCCAAUAACUCCUGGGUCCGCCUCGGGGCUAGACCUAAGUUGAUCCUGGUCAGCUCUAUCCCGUCUCAUCAAGCUCCUUGGAUCGGGAUUGGAGAUGGUACACGGGGAGGGAGGCGCUCCUUCCGUGUACCACCGAGCCGUGACAUCAAGCUGCAGAAUAAAUAUGACGUCCUUCGUGACUUUCCAUCAUUACUGGCUGAAGAGCUCCCAGCCCACUGUCAAAACAAUUCACCUCCUCUCUCUUCUCCAGCCAAACCCCAGCGCCCGACCUGCCGCUCAUUGCCACAGUUCACACCAGCACCAAAAAGAGUGCCUGUCUCCUGCUCAGUCCACCCGUCUCCAUCCCCGCCGCCAUCACAAAAACAUAUCUCUCAGUCUAAGCUCCUGUUGGAACUGAGUCAGUCUCCUGAGGACAAAAAGUCACAAAAUCACUCCUCUAGUCCAUCUUCUGCUCCCCCUCCAGCUCCAGCCUCCACUGCGCUUGGUUCCAAACACCUGGUUCAGCCGCCUGCCCCAACUCCUCUUUUUUCUCCAACGGCGCUUAUCAUCGGGGACUCGCUGGUAAGGAAUGUCCAUUUUUUUCAGUGCAAUCACCCACUGUAUUCCUGGAGCCACAACUGUCCAUAUCCUUGACCAACUUCCCAGCAUCAAAGCUUCCCUUCCACCAUCCAUCACUAUAAUUAUCUUUCAUGUUGGCACAUGUGACGUAACUCGGCGACAGUCUGAGUUCACCAAGGCUAAUUUUAUUGGCCUUUUUGAUCUCCUCAUCAGCAGCAGAAAGUCCAUCUUUAUCGCCGGCCCAAUUCCCACUCUGGCCUGUGGGGAUGAGCGUUUUAACCGCCUCUGCUACCUUCACGCCUGGCUGGAAUCCACAUGCAGCACUCACAAAAUAAACUUCAUCCAUAACUUCAACUCCUUCUGGUCCCACUCUGUAUUUGCUCAUGAUGGCCUUCAUUUAAACAGGUCCGGUAGCCGCUUGCUAGCGGCUAACAUACAACAAGCUGUGGCGUCUCACCACCUGUCUCCCGGUGUGUGACUAGCUCCUUCAUCGUCAUCGUCAUCGCCAUCACCUGCGGACCUCCCCAUGCCCCUGCUGUCCACUGA